UUUCAACUCCCCUUUAUCAUCGGGGUUGUCCAUGGUAAUGUGAGUUUGUAGCUAGCUAAUCGUCUGGUUGUUAUUGUUGUGUUUUCACGUGGUGUUAACAAAUCUUCUUGGUUUUUUUGUUCCCCUUGUUCGUACAAAUGACGCGUCUCUUUUGCCCUCUGGUAUAACGAGGAUUUAUGCUUGUCGUGUAAAUUUACUGAAGCUUUGUCACCAUCAGUCCCUCCUGCCAGGUGAGCGAGGUGGCCAACAGUGCAUUAAGGUGUGUCAAAAAUGGAUUUCCACGGAGAAUUGGAUUACCAAGCGCUAUAAAAAAAUAAAAGAUAGAAGAAAACGAAAGGCCCAGAAGAAUAGCCACAGAUGUAGUCGCUCGACAGCUAACAGUCAUGUCCAUUGAAUACACCAUUGACAUCCAACUAACGGAGUUGGGAUUUCCAGAAAUUCUGCAGCCCGUGGAGACCCCGGUUGGAGAAACACCAUGUCCCCCCACAUCAUCUGAUCACUCAUCCAGUCACUCUCCCACAACCCUUUCAACCGCACACAAGCGAAGCCUGCUGGACAGAGGCAAGCAGUCAGUUGAUGGUAAAGAAACAGGUGCAGCAAAACAGACCUCAGAUACUGAACAAAGCACAGUGGUUUCUACAUCGCCUUGCAGACCUCUAAAUCAUGCACAAAGUCUACAAGAUGAGCAAACGGGCAGCGGCACAGCACUGAUUGAUCUGACAGCUGGACAAGAACACGCAGACCUCCCACAGCUGAUAACUAAACAGGAUGACCACAGAGAGACAGGUGUUGACCGCGGAGACACUGCACGAGAGGGUUCGACAGAGGUGCGGCAGGAUGCAGAGGACGACUCAGAUGACAGUGAGGUUUCAGAGGUCUAUGAGGAAGAAGAGGUCGAUGAGGACGAGGAUGAUGAGGAUGAGGAAGGACUAAACAAUGAGUUGAGUCAUUUGGGCGACUGCCACUGCAGUGUCUGUGAUCUCCAGCUGCCCUCCAAAUUCAAGCUCCAGGACCACAUGAACCUGCACACCGGAGCACGCCCGUACUGCUGUGCUGAAUGUGGAAAGCGCUUCUGCCAGAUUUACAACUACCGUGUCCAUCUGCGCACGCACGCCCAGACCAAAGUGGAUCGUCUCAUGUGCCGGGUCUGUCUGAAGGGCUUUGCAUCACAGGAAGAUCUGAAAGACCACUUGUCAAGAACUCACUUGGAGAAUGAGUUUUACGAGUGCGACCUGUGCAAGCGCGUGUUCACUUCCCUGAAGGCGUGUGAAUAUCAUGUGCAGUUACACAAAUGCAUGUUGAAUGUUGUUUGUGAAGUGUGUGGCCACAACUUCUCCUCGCCAAAAUCCCUCGCGCGCCACCGGAGGAAGAGGUGCCAUCGCAAUUUUAAAUGCACAGACUGCCCAAAGACCUUCACGAAGAAGAAUGCUCUCCUGAAACACAGCUUUUCCCAUCUUGGUUUGUUGCCGUACACCUGUAUACGUUGCCGCUGCCACUUCCGCCUGGCAAAGCUGUACCGGCAGCACAAGUGUGAACCUGAACGCAUUCACUGCGUGGCGUGUCUGAGGGAGUUUCUCAGUCAGGAGGACUUCCAGCAGCACAAAAAGGACACAGGCUGCUGGGGCAACCAGGAGCCUAAAGGGGAUGAGAUUAGAUGUUUGGAGUGUGGACAGAGAUUUGACACUAAGGAAGAGCUGAAGAAACAUGCCGGGGCUCACCAGAGGGUGCUCAAAUGUGCCGACUGUGGAAAGGGGUUCCGGUCGGCCUUGCUGUUAAUGUCCCACAUGGGCGGUCAUGCCGGGAAGUCCCCCUGCCUUUGUCAAAGCUGUGGACUGGGCUUUCCCCACCAGCAGAACUAUGACAGCCACCUUAAGACUUGUGGACAAACCCCCCAGCCUGCGAGUGUUCCCAAAAAGCGCCAGGCCUCGAAGAGCUCUUCAUCUGAGACUAAAAAGCUCAAUGCAAAACCAGACUCGUGGAAUCCAACAAACACAGUCACCACGCCUUCUACUGUUUCAAGCAACCUGGCUGCACCAGCAAAGGAUUCUCAUAGUUCAUGUCUGACAGGGGAUGCGUCUGCUGGCUCUGGUCCAACAGAUGGAUUAUGGAAACUAACCCUUGACAAACAGCCUCCUCCAGGUGUUAAACUUGUCUUGUUUCUUCCUGUCUGCCCAACUCAAACGAAUGGCCUGACACUCCCAUCUGCAGUCUCUCCGACAUUAUUAGGUCCAGCUAUCCAGCCUCAAGUAGCCCUGGAUUUGGUUACUGGGAUUAAACAGUAUCUAGAAUGUGAAGCACCUCUGGAUUUGUCCAAUAAGUCUAGCUUGUGUAACUCUGCUCUGAGCGACGUUCCUUUUCUUCCGAUUAAAAGUGAGCCAGAGGGAUGUGACAUCUCAUUGAAGGCUGAUGGAACUGAAAGACAAGAAUUAAAAAACAGAGAUAGCAGAGCGGUUGUUAAAACAAAUCCUGGAGAGACAGAUACAUUUUCUGAAGUGAAACAGGUUCAAAUGGAUCCCAUGGAUCUCUCCUUUAAUGUUAGUACAUCAUCCUCUGGACUAAUAAUAGACAUUAAGAAAGAGCCCCAGUCACCUGGUCCUGAUUUUGAAUCAUGGUCAUCCAGAUCUUGUCUACUGGCGGGGAAAGAAAUUAAGAUGGAGGUUGACAUUUCACGCACUUCUUAUGCAGAUAUAGAGAAAAAAACUUAAACAUUUUCUGUGUAAAUCUUGCAAAGGUCUCCCCUUCUGUUGUCUACCUGUAGGCACAUAAACUAAAUAUGGAAGUGUUAUUCUACAGGCAAAGAAAUUAUGUGAUAUCUAAAAUCAUACCUUUUUAUAUGAUAAAGCAGAAUUUUAUUUUAGAAUUUCUACUUUUUCCACUAUUAUCAAUAGACUCUCGCUGAAAUCCAGGGUCUUUCUAGCAGUCAAAUGUGUGAUUUGAUUUACAGUAAAAAAGAUUUUUGUUUCUUCUGUUAUUAAAAACAUUCCAAGCUCUUGCUUUUUAUGGCAUUUGUUUUAUUUGCAUUUUGGGAAAUGCUUGUGGCUUGAGCCACUGGAGCAAAGUGGUACUUUAAUAGUCAGGAAGCCUAUGCAAUAUUUCUCACAGUAAAAAAAAUAUUCUUGAUUUCUACCUUGUGCUUAUUUUUUGCAUGAUGAAAAUAUUCAUGUGUGUUAAGUUGAAUGAAAACACUGGAUUUCAGUAACUCGACAUGAUGUGCAUUUUUCUGUAUAGGGACUUUUAGUACUAUGUUAAAUAUUUAAUAAAUGCAAAUAAUGGUACUGAUCAAUUAUA